CAAGAACUAUGACGAUAGAUGCACUUGCAGUUCACUCAUGUACACGCACAAAGACACAAACGCAAGGACAAGCACAUGAAAGUGUUCAUGUAGCUUGGCGUGUGAUUGAUACACACAUACAGACAAACAGACAACCGCCAGAUAAAAACGUGCUAUAGCAUAUCUCACGUUCCACUCAUAUCAUAUCUCACAUUCCACUCACUCUUCGGACGCCCCCACGUCCACCCGCUUCGGCUCGACACACUCCACACCAGUCAGACUGUGACACCACUCCGGCUGCUCCUCCCUGAACCUCUCGAUCAGCUCGUUCAUCCGCAGCAGUAUCUCAUCAAUCCCCGACACCCCUCGCAAAGGGCGCACGCGAGCCAUCUUCACCCAGUCCCACCUGCGCUCGAAGGCCUCGAACACUCUCCUGACCCGCGGGUCCGUCCCUGGCCCACCAAAAUUGGCCACAUACCCAAUCAGAUACUACGGCCGCAGAUGGAUUCGCUGCGUAAAUGAAGGGCCCCGGCCGCUGUUGUGCUCAGCCAGCCGGUCGCGGAGGCGGGCUGUGGACCCGAUAUAGAACUCCGACGGGUCUCGCGUACUGCCCAGAGCGUACGUGUAGCCGACGUUGUCAUUGGGGAUGUCUAUGGUCUUGCGGAUGAACGGAUAGUGGCUGUAGUCCACUACCGGGACCCUCGCACUCGUGACCCCUGCCCGGGUCGAUGUGCAGUCCAGCCGCCUGACCUUCUCAAUGCAGUGCUCCAGCCAGGCCGACCGCUGACGCAUCAGCAGCUCCAGACAGCGCCUCACUUCCUCUCGCGUGUUGCGAAAAUAGAUGCCGUUGAGCUGGCGGGUGCAUGACAGCAGCACCACCAGCAUCGCUUUCUCCCAUACAUGAUACGCAGAGCCCGCCAGGUCAGCGGGGGACAGGAUACGGGUCCCCAU